UGAAUCCGUCUCGCUAGGAGGAAAAGGUGCUGCAGACGCUCCCUCGAUUUUCCUUCAAAAUGGCCCAGAAUAUCGCACCGGGGAACAGCACGACGGCGAGUCCGAGCAAAGGCAGCAGCGACAGAGCCAUAGCGGGGAGAGACUCGCACUCCGUCAGCAAAAGACUUCAACAUGAGCUCAUGACUUUGAUGAUGUCAGCGAACAAAGGCAUCUCGGCUUUCCCAGAAGGUGACAAUCUCUUCAAAUGGGUCGGCACAAUCACUGGUCCAGCAUCCACGGUGUAUGAGGGACUCUCUUACAAACUGUCUCUAGAAUUCCCCAGCAGUUAUCCAUACAGCGCACCAACAGUCAAGUUUGUUACCUCAUGCUUCCAUCCAAAUGUUGACCUCCAUGGUAACAUCUGUCUAGACAUCUUGAAAGAAAAGUGGUCUGCGUCAUAUGAUGUGCGGUCGAUUCUCCUUUCGAUCCAGUCAUUACUUGGAGAACCGAAUAAUGACAGUCCCCUGAACGGCCAUGCAGCGGAGCUCUGGGCCAACCAAGUGGCAUACAAGAAACACCUGGUAGAACACUACAAGAAGAAUAAUGGGGACGACAAAUAGUCCUUUGGGGGGGCUUUGUCAGAAUACUAACUCGCGGCAUGGCACUUGUGUAUAUUGUCCUUGGACGUUCCUGACCCUCUGUCUGGCCGGGGGCGGUUCGGCGUGGGUCAGCAGUAUGCUUGGAGUUAAUAGUCUGAUGUUUUGUAUUGUGAUUUAAGGAAGCCUUCCGUUAUGUAGCCUUUCAUAGAAAUUUUAUACAUAUGUUUACUAGCUAAAUACAGGUAAUUUUGUGAUCCUUUUUUUUUUAAUCAGUUAAUGUGGCCUUAACUAUUCUUGGGCUGAAAGCAGUGUAAAUGUUAAGUAAGGCAUUAGUGCAUUCUGGUCUUUUAUUUAAUCAUUAUAGCUUAACAUUUUCUGUUAUGAGAUUGUCACAACAAUUACUGCCGUUAACUAAACAUUGCUCAUUUAACCGUACUGACUUAACCAAACAUAUUUACUCUUGCAAGUUUCAUGUGUAAUACAUUUUUUAUGGGUAAUUCUGUAUUUCAAAGUAUACUGUCUGCAAUGUGCUUAACAUAUUAAAGUUGAUUAACGUAAGCUGAUGCCAAUGAUAUGCUACUAACUUUUAAUUUUACUCAUAAUGUGUUUCAUUUACAUUUAAAAAGUUCUGCUUCACAAUGAUCUCAUUUAGCUAGGUUCAAGGUUGACUCUUCUUGGUGAGGGCAAUACAUUAAAGAUAAGGGUAAGAUUUGGAAAGGAAUCCAUAACUCAAACUGUCGUGAUCAACUCUGUCGGACAUUGCAGUCAAUCGGGUAUUUUCUGGCUAUGAGUUUUUUCCCCUCUUUGAUUUGCAGUCCUUUUUUCUAUAUCAUGCUUCACCUUUAUCAAAUCUUCUAGUACUAUUCUGUCCAGACAAAAUGAAGGAUUGGUUUAACUUUUCAUUUAUUUCCAUUAUUAUUAUUGUCAGUAUGAUAUGGUUAUGAUCAUUAUUAUUAUUUGUAAAUAAUCUACAACCAGUGCAUUUUGUAUGGAGUUUCCUUUUUAUAUUCCCACAAGCAUUUGACUUCUGGUUUUAGGCACUCAUUUUAACACUGUCCUCUGAAUAAAUAUAUAUAGAUAUAUAUAAAUAAAUAUAUACAACUUUAGGAAAUAAACAUGUUUUCAUAAAA